GCGGUAGACACUUUUCUAGAUUCGUUGGGUAACCACUAUCUUUAAUCGUGGGAUCAGCUAAAUUUCUUAUCUUGUUGUAAGUACUUCUUAUCAGUUUUCAAAACAUAAUUUUUAUCACCAUUCACCAGUUUUAAUUCUAAAAAUUUAAUUUUAAAAUGACUUCUCCAAGAUCAAAAUCUCCUAAACCACAGAAUUCGUUUAGGAAAGAUGAUAGCAAAGAAGAGACAACAUUUUGGGACAAAAUUGGGACGCUAGGACGUAAAAAGCGAAUAAAGGAAGUGCAAGAAGUUCAGGAAGAGGGUAAAUAUGCUAUCGACUCGCCAGGCAAUCCGGCUAUGGCUGAUGUUCCUCCAGAAGAAUAUACUCUUGAGGAAAAUGAAGAACGGACUAUGGUGGAACCAAAGUCCUAUUCUGAUCCUAAAUUACAAGAGUUAAUGAACAUUUUAAUUGAUUGGGUAAAUGAUGUGUUAGCUGAUCAUCGAAUCAUUGUUAAAAAUCUAGAACAAGAUCUAUAUGAUGGACAAGUUUUACAAAAACUAUAUGAAAAAUUGACUAACGAAAAGUUGGAUGUUCCUGAAGUUACUCAAUCCGAGGAAGGGCAAAAACAAAAAUUGUAUGUUGUUCUUGGAUCUGUAAACAAUAUCUUGGGUCUGACAGGUAACAGACUAUCACAACAAAAAUGGAGUGUUGAAAGUGUUCAUUCUAAAAACCUUGUAGCCAUUUUGCAUUUAUUGGUAUCACUAGCUCGUCAUUUUCGAGCGCCAAUUCGUCUUCCUGAAAAUGUCACUGUCAAUGUAGUGAUUGUACAGAAACGUGAUGGAGUUUUGAAAAAUCGAACUGUAAUUGAAGAGAUUACAUCCAGGUACGAUGAUCUUGGUAUGAGAUGCGAGCGUGAUGCUUUUGAUACAUUGUUUGAUCAUGCACCUGACAAAUUAGAAGUGGUUAAAAAAUCUUUGGUGACAUUUGUUAACAAACAUUUGAAUAAAAUUAACAUGGAAGUUCAAGAUUUAGACACACAAUUCCAUGAUGGUGUUUACUUGACUUUAUUAAUGGGAUUACUUGAAGGGUUUUUUGUGCCACUAUAUUCAUUUAAUUUGUCACCUCAAAAUUUUGAACAGAAAGUACAUAAUGUCAAUGUGGCAUUUGAUUUAAUGCAAGAAAUUGGACUAGCUGCGCCUAAAGCUAGACCUGAAGAUAUUGUAAACUUGGAUUUGAAGUCAACUUUAAGAGUGCUUUAUAAUCUUUUUACCAAGUAUAAAAAUGUAUACUAAUCAAAACCAGAUCUAAUAAUUGAGAAUUAUAAUCUUAAUGAAAUGUAACAUAUAUUUAAGUGACAUCAUUGGUAAUCGAAUACAAGAUAUAUGCACUUGAUGUAUGAAAUAAGGUAACUGCACUAAUCCAAUAAUUAAGUGAUUUGCUAUAGUAAUACCUUGACAAUCAAUGUUAUAAUUAAAAUAUUUUGGUAUUAUUUAAGUUUUCAUAUUAUACUAUUAUACUAUAUUUUAUAUGCAAUUGUUAUAAUAAUAAGACAACUAACUAACUAAUUCUAUGUAUUUACUAUUUAUUAAUUUAGAAAUAUUAUUUAAUAUUUUAUUAUAGGUAUUAUAACAUUUCAUAUUUUACCAAUAUUUUAUUGUUUCAUUCACAAACCAAUAUACAUUUUACAAUGUUUAACUAUAGUCCAUAUUAUCAUAAACUUAAUGACUAAUAUUUGUUUAAGUAGACAAGUAGUCUUGUUGGAUUUUAAAUUUGAAUGAGUUUUUCAUCCUAUUUAUUUUUGGUAAAUAACUUUUUAAAUAUGAAAUAAUAUUAAUCUUUAUGAUUUGAAAUAUUUGAAUACAAUAUUUAUUACUAAAUUAACAAAAUUAAGAGUAACAAUAAAAAAUGUGCAUUUUAGAUGUUUAUACUUUAUGAUAGGUAUACAUAUAUAAUCAUAGUCGGACUGGCCUGGACCACAAGUCUGCAAUUGCGGACGAAGCUUCGGCUUAAUUAUGAUAAUUAGGUUCUAAUUGUGUACCUAUUAAUAUUAUUAUUCAUUUAGAGUAAAUAAAAAUACAAAAUAAACAUUUUUUUUUCAAAUCAGGAAACGUAUUUUUAUUUACAAUCUUGAGAAGUUCUCAAUAAUUAUUAAAAUAAUGGCAUUAUCUCUAUCAUUCUACGGAUUUAAUAGCUAUUUAUAUACAAAUAUGUAUCAUUGAUUAUAAAUAGUGUAAAAUUGUUGUGACUAUUAAAUAUUAUAUUAUAUUUAUACCGGCGUAUGCGUAUCACUUGGUAUUCACAUUAUCACUGAUUGUAACUGAAUUAUUAUAUAUUUUGAUAAAUAUUGUACUCGUGACAA